UGCCCUACCUUGAACUUCUCUUAUUCUGAGCGUCUGCAGUAAAUGAGCAGCGGAGAUUAAUAGUUUUGGAUGAGACAUCGAACAUGUAUGAGACGCAUGAACGCUGUGUUUAAAGAGGCAGAAGUCGGAAAUGCAAGCACUCCUUGGGUUUCCAUGACUGACUGUUUCAGAGCUGGAAGUUUACUGGGAGCUGCAUAUGGUGAAGGCUGUACCUCGUUGAUAAAUAGGUGAAGCGGUCAUUUGUAUCACUUUAAUUCUAAUUAGCCCACUUAAAAUGUGGGCUUGGUAGUUUGACAUAUUGUCUGUACAGCACUCAGCCAGUGAGGCAACACUUCAGAUCACUCGGAGCCCAUAAACAAAGGGUUAUUUUGGAACUUCGACACCAUGCCACUUCAUCAGAGCCCAGGGUACAUGUGACAACAACCUUACAGGAGCAAAAAAGCCAAAAUCCAACUCUGUCAGUGAACUGACCUAGUGCCUUCCUGUGGCUAUUGGCAUGUCAUCAUUGCAAAGUUAUAUCUUCCAUUCAGGACAUCAUUUGAGCCCAAAUCAAAGGUAAUCGGAUGAUAUGAAGCUCUGUGGGGAUAAAUUAAUAGGACUGUGGACCUGGUUCAACAUAAGCAACAUUUGAAAAGCAGAACAGAGAAGUAUUCAGAGACGCAAUUGAUUGGCAGCAAUGACAGAGGAGGAGCGGAGGGUGAUAGCUAAUAACCGUGAAUAUAACGAAAAGUUUCAAUAUGCUAGUAACCGCAUCAAAACCUCAAAGUACAACAUUAUCACAUUUCUGCCUAUCAACUUGUUCGAGCAGUUCCAACGAGUUGCCAAUGCAUAUUUUCUGUUCCUGCUGCUUUUACAGCUGAUUCCUCAUAUUUCUUCACUGUCCUGGUUUACCACUAUAGUGCCUUUAGUGCUGGUGUUAACCAUCACUGCAGUCAAAGAUGCUACAGAUGAUUUUUUUCGCUACAAGAGUGAUAAUCAGGUCAACAACCGACACUCUCAGGUGCUCAUUGAUGGCAAGCUACAGAAUGAGAAAUGGAUGAAUGUCCGUGUAGGAGACAUAAUCAAAUUGGAAAACAAUCAGUUUGUGGCUGCUGAUCUGUUGCUGCUGUCAAGUAGUGAACCUCAUGGUCUUGGUUAUGUCGAGACAGCAGAGCUUGAUGGGGAAACCAAUUUGAAAGUUCGACAAGCACUGCCAGUAACUUCAGAGCUUGGAGCAGAUAUGUGUAGGUUGGCAGAAUUUAACGGGGAAAUCAUUUGCGAGCCUCCAAAUAAUAAAUUGGACAAGUUCACUGGGACUCUAUUUUGGAAUGAUAAGAAGUACUCACUAGAUAAUGAAAAGAUGCUGCUUCGAGGCUGCGUGCUACGGAACACAGAGUGGUGCUUUGGCUUGGUGAUCUUUGCAGGGCCUGAUACCAAGCUAAUGCAGAACAGUGGCCGAACCAAAUUCAAACGAACCAGCAUAGACCGACUGAUGAAUACUUUGGUACUGUGGAUCUUUGGCUUCCUUGUGUGUAUGGGAAUCAUUUUGGGAAUUGGAAAUUCCAUUUGGGAGAGUGAAGUCGGGUUUCAUUUUCAAAUCUACCUGCCCUGGGACGAGUGGAUGAAAAAUGCGAUUUUAUCGGGAUUUCUAAGUUUCUGGUCUUACAUAAUUAUCCUGAACACAGUUGUACCGAUCUCACUAUAUGUCAGUGUUGAGGUCAUUCGACUUGGGCAUAGCUACUUCAUAAACUGGGAUCGAAGGAUGUAUUAUGCCAAGAAAAACACAUCCGCUGAGGCUCGAACCACAACACUUAAUGAAGAACUGGGACAAAUAGAGUACAUAUUUUCUGACAAAACAGGAACUCUUACACAGAAUAUAAUGAUUUUCAACAAAUGCUCAAUUAAUGGAAAAGCUUAUGGAGAUGCUUAUGAUGAACUGGGACAUAAAAUUGAAAUAUCUGAGAAAACGCUGCCUGUGGAUUUUUCAUUCAAUACGUUAGCAGAUCUAAAGUUUAAAUUUUAUGAUGCCAGUCUGGUGGAAGCAAUAAAACUGGGGGAUUCAUCUGCGCACGAGUUCUUCAGAUUGCUUUCGCUCUGCCAUACAGUGAUGCCAGAGGAGAAAAAUGAAGGAGAACUUGUUUACCAAGCCCAGUCACCUGAUGAAGGAGCCUUGGUCACAGCUGCAAGAAACUUUGGUUUUGUUUUUCGAUCCCGCACCCCAGAGACCAUCACGGUGAAUGAGAUGGGCCAGCCCGUUAUAUACCAACUACUGGCCAUUUUGGAUUUCAACAACGUGAGGAAGAGGAUGUCAGUGAUUGUUAGAAAUCCUGAAGGACAAAUAAAACUUUACUCAAAGGGAGCUGAUACAAUUUUGUUUGAGAGACUUCAUCCGUCCAGUGAAGACCUGAUGUGUGUAACCUCAGACCAUCUCAGUGAAUUUGCAGGGGAAGGUCUGCGAACUUUAGUGCUCGCCUACAAAGAUCUGGAUGAAGCUUACUUUGAUAAGUGGCAGAAAAGACACCAUUAUGCCAACACUGCUCUUGAAAACCGAGAUGAACUGCUUUCUGCCUUGUAUGAAGAGAUUGAACAGGACCUGAUGUUGCUAGGUGCCACUGCAGUAGAAGACAAAUUGCAAGAAGGGGUUUCUGACACUAUUGCCAACCUAACCCUGGCUAAUAUCAAGGUUUGGGUACUUACUGGAGAUAAGCAAGAGACUGCAAUGAAUAUCGGAUACUCAUGCAACAUUUUAACGGAUGACAUGAAUGAAAUUUUCAUUGUGUCAGGCUACACAGUACUCGAAGUCCGUGAACAACUCCGGAAAGCAACACAGCAAAUGAUGGGAACACCUAUUUGCAAUGGGCAUGCUGUCUCUGAAAAGAAUGGAACUUCAAAGUUAGAAUCGGUGAUUGAAGAGACUGUUAUGGGCGACUAUGCAUUGGUUAUUAAUGGACACAGUUUAGCACACGCACUGGAAGCAGACAUGCAGCGUGAGUUCCUAGACUUGGCUAGCAUGUGCAGAACUGUAAUUUGCUGUCGAGUCACACCAUUGCAGAAAGCCCAAGUGGUUGAGCUUGUCAAAACGUACAAGAAAGCUGUCACACUGGCUAUAGGUGAUGGUGCAAAUGAUGUCAGCAUGAUUAAAAGUGCACACAUAGGUGUUGGGAUCAGUGGCCAGGAAGGCAUGCAGGCUGUUCUAGCUAGUGACUAUUCAUUUGGACAAUUCAGAUACCUUCAGCGACUUUUGUUAGUUCAUGGGAGAUGGUCCUAUUUGAGAAUGUGCAAAUUCCUCUAUUAUUUUUUCUACAAGAAUUUUGCAUUCACUCUUGUGCACUUCUGGUUUGGUUUCUUCUGUGGAUUCUCUGCCCAGACUGUUUAUGAUCAGUGGUUUAUUACCUUGUACAACAUAGUUUACACUUCACUUCCUGUUCUGGCCAUGGGUAUAUUUGAUCAGGAUGUCAAUGAACAGAAAAGUUUGGAAUACACAAGACUCUAUGAACCAGGACAACUUAACCUAUUGUUUAAUAAGCGGGAGUUCUUCAUCUGUAUAGUCCAAGGAGUCUACACCUCCAUUGUCCUUUUCUUUAUUCCAUAUGGUGCAUUUUGUGACACUACGCGAGAUGAUGGGACUCAUCUUUCUGAUUAUCAGUCAUUUGCUGUUACAGUGGCAACAUCGCUGGUGAUUGUGGUUAGUGUGCAAAUUGGGCUUGACACUAGCUACUGGACUGCAGUGAAUCAUUUCUUCAUCUGGGGGAGCGUGGCUGUCUAUUUCUCCAUUUUAUUUGCCAUGCACAGUAAUGGAUUGUUCGCAAUAUUCCCAGGCCAGUUUCCUUUCAUAGGAAAUGCUCGAAAUUCCCUGGCCCAUGUUACAAUCUGGCUGGUCAUAAUUGUAACCACAGUACUAUGCAUUGUGCCUGUCGUCGCAAUCAGGUUCCUGAUGGUAGAUUUGAAACCAACCUUGAGUGACAAGGUACGAUACAUGCAACGCGUCAGAAGAAGACAGAAGCCAGUGCAGCAUCGUAUGCGGCGUGUAAACCGUACCAGCUCGAGAAGGUCUGGCUACGCAUUUGCCCAUCAAGAGGGCUUUGGUGAGCUCAUUACCUCAGGAAGGAACAUGCGCUUCAGUAAACCAUCGACGGUGACAACUGGGAAGUCAAUGCCGAGCAGCACCAGCUGGAUUGAAACUUUACGAAAGAAAACAACAGACACAGUAAAUAGCUUUGGCAGUGACAGAAAUAUAAAACAGUAAAGCAGCAGUCAUUUGGAAGGAAGGAUGCUUUACUUUGUUUCAAACUUGGCCAUAGUUUGUACUGUGCUGCAUGUCUGCAAAGCUCCAAUCACUAUUGGCUGAAGAGUCACCAAGGAAUGAACUCUUGUUUCAGAGCUGUUGUGUGCCAAGUUUGUCAUGCAAUGUUGGAUAAACAUGGUGGACUCUUCGUUGCCAAGUAUUAGCAAGAAAGAGUUCUAACUUGCAAUUUGUGUAAGCUUGACAAAAAUGUCAGCUCAAUUGAAAUUGAGCAUUUUGAGGCACUUGUCAGUAUAUCAGCUGACAUCCCUGUUACAAAGCAAAUUUUUAUUCUAAGCUGUAAAUAUUUUUUAGCUUUUGAAAACAUUUUUGUAAUGCAAGAGAGCAACAGUUGCAUUAUGAAAUGCUGCUCAACAUAAAUGGACCUAUAUAAAUAAGAUUAUGGAAGAUUGGCAAAGCAACUGUACAUAAUAUAAUUCAAUUCAUUCACUAGAGGGACCCAACUAUAUUCUAUUCUGUCUAAGAAUGUUACUCUGUGGUCCUGUAGCUAUAACCUCAUUUGAGGAAAUUAGUGCCUUUGAGUUUUCCUCACAUGAGGAAACAACUUUAUUUGAAUGUAUGUAUGGUUUUGAAAACUACACGUUGCAUUUACAAACUCUUUCUGCUUUAAUGGCUCAGUUUAACUUCACUUUCUGAUUGUAUUUCUGCACUGAAAUGCAACAGCUAACCUUAUCAAAAUUGUUACAUUUGCAACAUGUUUUCUACAAGAUAUUUGCUCUUCGUGCAGUUACUCUUUAUAUAUCAAUGUAUUCGCACUAUUUUUCCAAGAGAGAACAUCAAGCAGGCAAAGUCUGUUUUAAGACUUUGUGGACAUAGUAAACACAUCAUUUGGUUUCAGUCUUGUUCAAAUGUGUCUUUAGUACAGAUUAUUAGCAACCUCUAUCUCCCAGCAAUGUUUCACUGUUUGGCUCUUCAGAGAGUCGGUUAUGUACUUUGCUGUACAUGACUUAGUUGCUUCAUUUUCUCCAAUAUAGUGUCAACAACACUUCAAAAGUAUUUCAUCAGUUGUGACAAUCUGUCUUGAUAUCAUAUUAGGCACUAUGUGAAUGCAGUUAUUUCUUUCUAUAGGAGGAGCCCAUUACCAUUUUGGUAAUUUAAUUUCCGACAUUAGUAUUGAACUUCAGCAAACAUCGUUAAACUAUCUCUUGUCUUUAUUAUUACUGAUUAUUUACAUUUGUUGUGUUAAAACUGGUCCAUGUCUCUAGAAUCCAACAGUACUGUACCUGUACUCUUGUGGAUUAAGUGAAGGCAGACACACAGUACAAUGCAGCUGUGCAUUUUCAGUGGACAAGGUAAUAAACAAGAAGACUUCACUUCACCUCUCCCAUUUUCAUAAAACAGAAUAUCUGACCUCUGAUGCAUUGCCCAACCCCCAACUCAACAGCAGUGGAUUAUUUCUCACUCAGCAUUUGCAACCUUCUCUCUGCCUUACUGACAUCAAAAUGGUCCCUUGAGGCCAUCCACAGGGAGUGUCAAUCUGACCUUUCAGUGCCAUUCCCAGAGAUCAGACAAUUGCUACCCUAUUGAAAACGGCUUCAGACUUUUCUCUAACUAAGGAUGAAUUAUCAUUUCUCAUUAACCCAAUCACAGAUGUGGCCUUCCAUUGACACCCGACCCCAGUCACAUUCAAACACUUGAACAAAUAAGACAUUGCCAGGAAUUACAAAAUGCUUCAUUAUGCUCUGUCCCCUCUCCUCUGCCAUUGUGCUCUUUUUUAUUCCUUCUCCUCCUGCACCCUCAUUUUUUCCCUUUUCCUUCUUUCACCUCUGAUCUACUUCCAGUUGUCGAUUCCCUUCUAAUCUUAAUUGAAUGAGUACUGAUCCUACUCGUGAUCUCACAAAAUGUUGACCAUUGCACUUGAGGUCCACAUUCCAUCUGAAGUGGAGUAUUGCCCUCAGUCAGUGUCCAAACUGUAUCUCCUGCUAUUUUUCUUAUCUAUUGUGCACCCUCAUCUGCUCAUCAUUAUAGUUAUGUACUGGAUUACUGAUCUAGAGGUCUGGACUAAUGAUUUGGAGACAAGUUCAAAUCCCACCAUGGCACUAGGGAAUUUAAAUUCAGUUAAUAAAUAAAGCUGGAAUAAAAUAUGUCAGUGUUAGUAUUAGUGGCCAUGAAAGUUAUCAGAUUGUCAUUCUUUUUUAAGCUCAAUAAAUGUCCUCGAGGGAAUAAAAUCUGCUCUCCUGAUUGGUUCUGGCUUAUAUGUGACUCCUGGCCAACAGAAAUGUGGUUGACUUUAACUGUGAUCUGUAGUGGCCCAGCAAGUUAUUUAUUUGUAUUUAAGAGAUAUUGUCUGCAGCGGCCAAGAAAGUUAUUUAUUUGUCUUUGAUAGAGUGCCUCACCAUUGCCUUCUCUAGGGCAGUUAGGGUUGGGCAAUAGAUGCUGGCCUUGCCAAUGAGGCACACAUCCUGAAACAUCCUGUCUGACAGACGCGAUGAGCGUAAUUCUCCACUGGCCAGAGACAUAGUGAAGGUGAAAUAGUUGGGCAAGUUUGCCCUGGAGAGAAACGCACACCCUUUAUGGCGACUCACUUACUAAGUUUUGGGUGAGAAGGCCCACACACAAUCUUCUCAACUUGCCACCAAUUAAGGCCCAUAAGUUGUCAAUUAAUUGCCAUUUAAUCUCACCACCGGCAUGAUUACCUGCCUUUCUGACAAGCAAGAAAGGUGACUAAUUUCCACUCUGGGAAACCAUAGUAACCUACGUGCCAGGUUUGUAAGGGCAGGGGAAGCUUUCUUCUGUUGCCCCAUGUGGGGAGUUUUGUUGGGAUACAUGAAUGGGGAUGGGUAAAGGAUGGCAGCUGAGAGCCACCCAUGACCUUGCCUCCAAUCUCCCGUUCCCUGUGCUCUCCAUCUUGUGAGUUACUUAGGCCAGGAGGCUUUAGAACCUAAAAGAUACUGGUGUCCUGGAUACUAGUGUUGAGCCUCUGUUAGACCAAGAAACCUACCCACGCUUACCUGUGAGCAUUUUGUGACCUGAUUAAGGGUGACACAGUGACUGAGUGGUUAGCAUUGCUGCCUCACAGCGUUAGGGACCCGGGGUCAAUUCCAGUCUCAAGUGACUGUUUGUGUGGGGUUUGCACAAUCUCCCUGUGUCUGCGUAGGUUUCCUCUGCGUACUCCGGUUUCUCCCACAGUCCAAAGGUGUGCAGGAUAGGUCAAUUGGCCAUGCUAAAUUGCCAGGGAUGUGUGCACUAGGUGGGUUAGCUGCAGUAAAUGCAGAAGUCUGGGAAUAAAUUAAAGAGCUGGGCCUGGGUGGGUUGCUGUUUGGAGGGUCAGUGUAGACUUGAUGGGCUGAUUGGCCUCUUUCCACGUUGUAGUGAUUCCAUGAUUGGCAGAUGAAUAGAUGAUGGUGGGGGUGCAUGUAACAGACAACCAAAAAUUUGGAGACUUCUGCCUGAAACUUAAAAGUUCUUGCUAGAGUUGUUUUACCUGUGUCACAGGUACAAUGUUAGUAAAUAUCUAAGAAAGAAAAAUGCCUUUCAAAACUGAUUAUGUAGAAAAGAAAUUUACCCCUCUGAGUCCAAGACCAAAACAUUGAGUUCUUGCUGAAGAGUGGAGCUGUUAUGGGAACAAACAGGAGUGGGCCAUUCGGCCCGUGAAGCCCAUGCUGCCAUUCAACAAGAUCAUGACAUCUGCAUUAGGCCUCAACUCUUCAUUCAUUCCAGCUCCUCAAGCCCUCAGCUUCCUGAUAUUUCAAAAAAAUCUAGCUGCCUGCUCUUUAAAGACUUGCAGUGAUCUAAUCUCUCCAACUCUCCAGAGUAGAGAAUUCUAGCUAUUCAUUAACGUGUGGGAGAAAAAAAUUCUUUCUUGUCCCAAUUUUAAAUGAGUGCCCCUUAUUCUAUAAGUAGUCCUCAUGGCUUGAAAUUCACCCCAUUAGUGGAAACAUUUUCUUAAUAUUUACCCUGUUAAGCCCCCUCGAAUUUUGUAUGUUUCAAUAAGAUCAGCCCUCAUUCUUGUAAACCAGAAUGAAUAAAGCCUGAGACUGAUUAGCCAUUCUUGACAGCCUUUCAUCCCAGGAAUCAUUGUAGUGAAUCUGUUUUGAAUUGCCUCUAAUGCUAGCAUGUCCUUUCUUAAACGUAGGGACUAAAAUUGUACAAUGUACUCUAGAUGUAGCCUCACCAACGCACAGUAUAGUUGUAACAAGAUAUCCUCAUUUUAAUGCUAUGCCAUCUUCCAACACACUAGCAAUAAAGGCCAAAAUUUAAUUUGCCAUUCAAAUUACUUGCUUCACCUGCUUGCUAACUUAGUGUUUCACGCACAAGAACAUGCAGAUCUCUCUGCAGUUCACGUUUUUGGAGUCUCCAGUUAAAUAAUUAACAGCCAUUGAUUCCUAUCAAAGUGCAUUACCUCACACAUUCCUACAUUAAACUCUAUCUGCUAAGCUUUGUCCACUUGCUCAGUCUAUCCAUAUGCCCUUGCAGAUUCUCAUGUCCUCACCACAUGCCCUGCCACCUAUUUUUGUAUCAUAAGCAAAUUUACACUCUGCCCCUCCUCUCAAGUCAUUAAUUCAGAUGAGAAAUAAUUGAGGCCCCUGGACUGAUCCUUAGUUAUGUCUUUCCAACCUGAAAAAGACUCAUUAAUCCUAAUUCUAUAUUCUGUGCUAACAAUCCCUAAUCCAUGCUAAUAUAUUGCCCUCAAUACUGUGAGUUCCUGCACUGUGCAAAAACUUUUCCUGUGCCACCUUAUUAAAUGCCUUGGAAAUUCUAAAUUCACUAUAUCUACCAGUUCCCCUUCAUCAACUCUGCUUGUUAUCGCCUUGAAGAACUCAAGCAGAUUUGUCAAACUUAAUUUCCCUUUCACAGAGCCAUUUUGACUCCGAUUGCAUUAGGCUAUGUCCUGCUAUUUUUUUGUUUAAUUAUAGAUUCAAACAUUAUCUCAUUAACAGAUGUGAGGCUAAGUGGUCUAUAAUUUCUUGUUUUCAGUGUCCUUUCUUGAAUAGGGUCACAUUAAUGUUUUUUCCAACUGGAAUCCAUCCAGAAUCUAUUGAGUUCAGGAAUGUUUUGACAAAUUCCUCCACUAUCUCUGUAGCCACUUCCUUUAAAUUCCUUGAAUACAGGUCAUCAGAUCCUGGUGAUUGUCUUCCUUUGUGUUAAUUUUCCAAAUCAAGAAGUUUAUGUUUGGUAAGCCUAAAUGCUUCAAUUUUUCUGUCAUUCCUUUAAACCAAUAUUUCGUUACAUAUCUCCAAUUAUCUUAUUUUCAUGUUUGUCAAUUUUGUGGGUCUUUUAGGGAAUCUAAGCUACUUUCAAAUAUCCCAAGUUUUUAUAAAAUUUACUGAUACUUGGCAUUGAAUUCCCUCAUAAUUGUCCUGAAACAGACAAAGUUUGGGAAACAUCCUUUAUAUGAUAAGAAGUCAACGUCUGCUGAAUGGGAAACCAUAUGUGUAUAUAUAUGGAGAGAGGAUUCCCAGAUGGAAAUUAGGUGCACAGAUAAAAUAUACAAAACAUUAAAUGUAUCAGAUGUGUGAUAGUGAGAAUUCCCUGUUGAGAGCCACCUCUCCUGCUCUUGUUUCUGACCCCUGUGGCUUCUCUUUGUGGCCCCCAGCCCAAAAACGCAAUUGAUUGAGACUUGCUCCCGAGGAUGUUGGGUGUCCUCCCAUCAGUAGCUAUGGCCUACGUAGGAGCUUUACCAAGUGUGACAGCUGCCAGCCUCUGAUUGAACAGCCUGACCGGAGGAAGCUAUGGUGGGCCACGAUCUAAACAGACAGGGGUCUGACCACCUUCCUGGCAAGCAUGGGAGAUUAGCAAUGAAAAUGGAUAUUCCUGGUCUUGGUGUCGCUUUUCAUUUCCUUUUUCUCGAUUUCUAAGUUGUGAACAUUAGUGUUUGAUACCUUGAGUCACUGUUGCACUUAGAGCCUUUUGUCAUUCUGCUUCAGCCAGUUUAACAACCUUUUCGAGUCAAUGGUUCCAUUUCAUUUUGUGUUCCUUGAAGCAAAUGAAAUUACUUUUCCAGUAAGUGUUGCCCAUGACCUUUGGUCUGGCACAUACGAUCUCAAAGCCUGUGAGAAUGGCCUCUUUUUUUGCAGGAACAUGAAGCAUCGACUUCAGAUACUGAAAGAAUAUCUUCAAUUUCCAACAGAGCCACCCUACUCAAUUAGAAAACUAUAGCAAGCAUUCAGAAUGGUGUUAGAAAUGCAAUAAGUUUGUCAUGUUUACAACUGUUUUAUAGUUCAGGAUGAAAUGGAGGAAUGAAAGGAGUGAUGUGACUUGUGCUGAAUUCUGUUGGCAGAAAAUAUAGAUGGCUAUUUUUUAACCAUUAAAAAAGGAGGGCAGGUUGUUUUACUGGGAAGCAGGUGCGAGAUAUCCAUACUUGUAGCAAAUAGAAGAAGCAUGCCCAUUGCUUGGUUAGUUGAAGUAGUUUGAGCUUGGUGCUAAUAAUGCCAAGGGUUCAAUCCCUAUACUGUUCAAACCUGUAGCUUGCAAUUGAGACGUUUAAUGCUUCACAGGCCGUCAGUGGUAGCGUCCCUACACCUGGAUUGAGCGGCCAGGGUUCAAGACUGAACUCCUGUACACGUGUGUAAUAACAUCUCUGAACAGAUUGUUUAGAAAAGUAAGUUAAUUUUUUUUAAGAGGUGGAAGAUACGUGAAUGGUAGCAGUGGAUAGAUGGUUAAUUUCAUUGAGGAUAUCAGUUUGUAAAUUAUUAUACUUUAUGCUGGUUUAUUUAAUUCUGAGGGAAUAGAUUUGGGAGUCUAAAGGUUAUCUAAUUAGCAUUUUACCUGGGUUCAAAGGCCCAUGUGAUUCAAAUUGCAACAAACAUGGGUUUUGAGAGAGGAAGUUUGCACUUGAUGGCAUUUUAAGAUUGAAUUAUAAGAUUCUCAAAAAGGGUAUCCCUGAAUUUCACGGACUGAUCAGUACACCAGGAUAUGAGAGAGAGGAGGAGCAGAUAGAGGCAGUAAGUGUCUAUUGUUUACUCGGUAGAUGUGUGAUGGGAGUUUCACAUAGAUUAAAAUAACCAAAUGUUUAAUUAUUUAAUUUUUUUAAAUAUAGUAUAUUUUGAACUGGAGAAAGUUCUUCAUGGAGAACCUGUCAUUGCUAAUGAUAAUUAUUGGAUUGAAGGUUAUCAGACUAGACAACAAAAUAAACAAAAGCAAACCCGCAGAAGCUAAGAAUCACUUUGGACUAGUUCCAAGACAAUUGAAUGUUUAAUUAUGGAAUACUGUAAAAUAUACCAUGAAGUGGCCUUUCAGGUGUGUUGAAAGGAAAGGGGGAAAGUUCAGUUCCAUGGUUUAGGCAUAAGUUGCACACUGAAACAGUGUUUCAUCAAUGUUAGAGAUAAUAGGAACUGCAGAUGCUGGAGAAUUCCAAGAUAAUAAAAUGUGAGGCUGGAUGAACACAGCAGGCCAAGCAGCAUCUCAGGAGCACAAAAGCUGACGUUUCGGGCCUAGACCCUUCAUCAGAGAGGGGGAUGGGGAGAGGGAGCCGGAAUAAAUAGGGAGAGAGGGGGAGGCGGACCGAAGAUGUUACUUCUGUUUGGCUUGUUACACCAAAUGUUUUCAAAUGUGGACACUCAUUAUGUAAUGCUUUUAGCUACUGGAAAUGUCUGUUUGCUUAUAAAAUUAUCGGCCUCUAUCAUAGCAAUGGCAAGGAAUAUGCCAAAUUUCUGUUGCUGGAAUAUUCACCAAGAAACAAAAACAAGCUUUUGAUUUUCAUAAUUCUCAUACAAGAGAUUUGGGUUUGACCAGUGUUGACAAUAGAUGUCAAUAUGGCAAUCUUUUCAUACAGCAACGAAUAAGAAACAAACUGGAUAAUUUGAUUUGAUGUUAUUGGUUGAGGGAUAAAUGCUGAAUAGGCCACCAAAGAACUCCCUCCUGUUUUCAGAACAGUGUCAGGCAUUGUUAACAUCUAUCUGCAAGCACAGAUAAGACCUUGAUUCAAUAAGUCAUAUUAAAAUCAGUCUCCUAAAUUGCAGCCUUCCUUCAGUUUUAUAAUCAAUUAUUAACCUAAAUGAUGUCCUUAAAUGAAGCUUGAAGCCACAAUGUUCUGAUUGCCACUGAAUCAAGACUGAUAUCUAUUCAUGUAAACAUAUUUAUGUUUUCUAUCCCACUGUAUCUCCUAUUAGUUUCCAUUCAUUUAUAAUAUGGCUGCAUUAAAUCAGAUUUGGCUGCAAUUGCAAAUUGGCUUACAAAAAAUGCAGGAAUGUCGCAUUCAUGCAGAUAAGUAAAUAAUUAUCCGAAAUGGAAUAACAGCAUCUUUUCAGCUCCCAUCUGUCUAGCUUCAAACUUAUUUUAAUAAGAAGAGAGAAAAGUCUUCCUUCUCUUACAAAAAGUUAAGGGCUCAAAACUGUAUCAAUUUUUCAUGUUCUGCACCUCACAUUUCUUUAUAACUAUCUUCUGAAAGCACAGUAAUUAGCAUUAAUUUCACAAAAUUUUACUUGUCACUCAUCUGUCAUCAAGCACAAACUAUUAUUGUAUUUAAAUAUUCCAUGUAUAGAAAUAAUUCAUAUAAGUCAAACGUUCAUUGUUCAAAUAAUAUCAAGAUUGUUACUCAGUAAAAUAUGAGAGUCUAUAUACUAAUUUAUAAAAAGAUUUUUUUAUUUUCAAUAUUUAGGUAGAUUGUCUUUCCUUUUGUGGCAUAUAUCAUAAAUACACUUCUUAAAAUCAGAAAUAUAGCUAAUCAAGAAGCAUAAUUUUAACUUCUAUUAUGAAAAUCCAAACUUCUACAAAAUAUUAGAUCUUAAUUAAAGGAAAUGGUUAAAAAUAAUCUCUGUGCAAUAAUAAAGUGUACAUUGUAUAGAAAUGCAUGGAUACCAAAGAGUUUUAGCUCUUUAUUUGUAAAGUGCAGAAAAUGUGUUUACAUCUGUAAUGUAUAAUUCUAACAUUAUACAUUUGUUUAUUGGAAAAAUAUGAAGCAUCAGUGCAGUUUAUAUAUUUUUAUCACCGCUUGUGUCUUCUGCUGUAAUUUGACUAUUUGAAGCUAACUGAAUAUGAAAGAAAUUACAUUUUUGCAUGUCUAAAUCUGGUUUUGUGUUUUUGAGUAUAAAACAAAUCUUCAAUACUACAACAUAUUUGAAAUCUCAUCAUAGUUGCCACCUCCAUCCCCAUCUUUGUUUCUUUUCCAUCUGAGCAAAUUCAAUAAUAAGUUUGAAAAGGGAAUUGGGUACCAAUUUGAAAAGUAAAUUAUGCAGGUCUUUUGGAAAAAAGCAAAAGAAUGGGACUAAAUAGGAUAGCUCUUACAAGGAGCAGGUGCAAGAACAAUGGGUCGAAUGGCCUUUUUCUGUGCCGUUAACAUUCUGUGAUUUGUGACAAAUUAUUUUGAAGGUAUUCACCACAGUCACUUCAACCCACUGAAUCAUCAAUUUAACACCAGCAGAGACCGUCGUUCAAAGUGCUUACUUUUGAUGAUAUCUUUGUGGCCAAAUGCUUUGUGAAGUUAAUGUUUGUGAAAUAAAGUUUAACUUUUCCUUA